CGUAACAGUCCGUGACAAGGUCCUCGCGCGAGGUCAACCGGUUUUCCGUCAAGAACAUCGUCGCGUUUCCGAUGACGCAAAUCUUAUCGCUUGAAAACGCGACCGCGCUAGAUGUCUCGAUCUCCUUAUCAGUCUGAUCAACGUAUGGGACGGAGAUCGAGCGCACGCGUCUCUCGUUUCCCUUCCGUUCGUCGAGAACGAGUUUUGUUACGGGAUAUAACGUUUCUUUUUAUUCCUAGGAUUGCGUGUUAAGGAUGCGUUCGCGCCCGCGUCGGUAAUCAGCUGAUCUUUAGGAGCGUUUUGACAUCCGCGAUGUAAUCACAUAUGCGAGGCCGGUAUACAAUGGUGAUAACGGCUCCAUACCGGCAUUCUACAGAGAAGUCUACGAGAAGAUUUGCUCGCCCACCAGCGGAAACGUGAAGCUUGAGGUGUUCAGAUCUCUGCUCGUCAAGUCUCAACUAAGCGGUUCUGCAGUUAAUCAGAUAUGGAAACAAGUAGACAGCAAGACAGGUUAUCUUACGAGAAGCGGAAUGUACAAGGGUCUGGCUCUCAUCGCUUUCGCCCAACAAGGAAAGCAACCCAGCGACAAGUUGCUGGAAAACUCCGAAUCUCAAGAAUUACCCGUUCCCGUUCUGGGCGAUCUGUCGGAAGUGACGCUUCUGGCGCAGAGGCUGCACCGAGGCAAUCCGGCCAAGCUGAAUCACACGUACUCGGACAUCUGUAAUCUGGACACUAUCGAGGUCAACCUUGUUCCUGAGAAGAAGGGUAUUUUCCUGAAGCACGUGGAAUAUCAAGUCGCCAGCAAGAAGUUCAAUUCGGUGGUCUACAGACGUUACAACGACUUCGUGUCGUUGUACGACCUCCUCUUGGCUCGGUUUCCCUACAGAUUGAUACCCAAGUUACCGCCGAAAAAAAUUGUAGGAGCUGACUCGCAAUUUCUCGAGGAGAGGCGGCGUUCUCUCCUGCGGUUUCUCACGCUGAUCGCUCGCCAUCCUGUGGUGAGCGAGGAUCCGAUUGUACAGUUCUUCUUCACGUUCACCGGUGACGAGACGCAGCACAAGAUCCGCGAGAUGUUUAGACGCGUGCCGGACGAAUUCGCCACGUCCGAAUUGUCGCCCCGAGCGAAGGAGCUGAUGCCGCCCGAGACGCUGACCGAGUUCGCUAAUAGUCGCGAUCAGAUUCGCCUGAUACUUUUUGGGGUCUCGCGGUUGAAGCACAUCGCCGAUGGCCUGGCGAUUAGGUCGCACAAUUACGCGGUUGACAUGGCCGAGCUGGGCAAUCAGCUAAGCACUUUAGCCGCGGAACAGCACGGCACUAGCUCCUGGGUUACCGGCGGUUCUAGCCUUUGGCAAGAAAUGAAGAAAGGUUUCCACGUAAUCUCGAAAGAAUUCAACCUGUUGUCGACCAGAGCACUCCAACAAGCGGUCAGAGAAGAGACUAUGAUUUGCGAAAGGUUGAAUCUCCUGCUCGAUAUUUUAGUCGCACACAGAAUGUUAUGCGAAAGACACGAGCGAGGCGUCAGCGCCGAUCAUCAACGCGCCCUGUCCACGAUGUUGUCUCUCAAAAAGCGGCAGAUGCAAGGCGUUAUUCGCGGAACUGAUGCCGACACCGUCGAGUUCCUCGAGAACAAGAUGGUCUCCCAGGAAUCGGUAAUCGCCAACGUCGAGCUGAGAAAUUGCUUCUCGCUGCUCUGCCUGCACAUGGAGACCCAGCUUGUACACGCACAUCUAGAAAUACUCGCCACCGUAUUGCAGAGUCUCGUGAGUGUGCAAAUUCGCGGACAUUCCGAGUUGGCUGAAGUGUGGAAAUUGAUCGAACCGACGAUUACCAAGUGUUUACCCGAAAAGUUGGCAAGUGGGUCUAACGGCGGAUAGCACAGGAAAGUUUCGUGUUUGUCGCAGCAGAUCAUGCGUUGUCAAAUAAUUGAUAAUCGAAAUUCGUACAAUUCCUAGUAAACACUGACUACUCGUGCAUAUCAUGAUUGUCGCGAGAAGAAAGACGUACAAAGUUUCGGAUCUUUCCGGUGAAAUAUCGACAUGUACUAUACAAAAUCUUGUACUGUUUUCUGCAUCGCUUGGAUAUUCAGAUGUACACGAUAUUAAUCUUUCAUAAUAAUGUAACGAUAAAAAUCUCGAGUGUAUAGCGCGUAUAAUUUUUAAACAUUCCUUGUUGUGUACUUAAUAUAUUUUAU